UACUUUGAUGUACUAUCUGGUGGUAUUUUUUUAAGCCUGUUUUGAUUUCUAAAGUUGUUACCAGAGCGCAGUAAAUGUGCCAAACCAAAUGUUUUUGUUUAUUGUUUUGAUGCUUUGUAGUUUGAGAUUGAACUUAUGAAAGUUGUGGGAGUUCAAUAUUAUAUAUUUAUCCAGUAAGGCAAAGUGGCUCUUCUUGACUUACUACUCCUUCCAAUACCUUCAAUAACAAAAACAAACACCACGUUUUCAAACGAAAACCGGAAAUUCCAAUAUCGUGAGUGUUCUGUUCUUUUUCUGUGUCCGAAGUACACAGGUUGGGACAAAAAGUUCAAAUUGACGAAUAUCUUCGGACCAGGUAUGUUCGGACCUUCGCCCACUUGACGCAUGACGUCAGAGGGUUACGUGGACCAAUCAGCGACGAGUGUCCUUCGGACGUUCGGACACAGUUUAGGACAUUGCUGUUGUAGACGGGCCUUAAUCAUGAACCGGUCAUUAUAAAAAGCAAAGAGUAUAUAAGAAGUGUGAACUCAAAAUGAAAGGUAAAGGCUCGGUAAACACAUUGCAAAAUUCGUUAGGAAAAACAAUUGUUUCAUUAAGCUGUGCUUUUUUUUUUUUUUUAAUUGAACUAGGCGUUUAUGAAACACUCAACUUCGAGAUUUUAGAUGUUUUUAUUUUUGAACCUUUUUGAGGUUAGGUCGUCCCUAAAGCAAAGACAGCACAUGUUUUCCCCCAUGCAUCUAAUUGUGUGUUGAUUCCCUGAAAUACCUUGUAUACUGGUUUUACUUGUUCAUCAAGCUUCCAGUAACAAGAUAAAUAUAUUUGUAAAAAUACGUACGUCACGGCUUUUCCGGAAAAUAAUAAUAAAAUUCCAUAAAUACUUUUUUUUUUUCGAAAACAAGAGACGUUAUAUUUAACCAGAAAACAGCGGCUUUAUUCCUAUCCGAUAAACCAUUUUUCAUAGCUUACAUUACAGUACCUAUUUGUUGACACAACCAUAGCCAUUUUUUUUGUGGUCUUAUAUAUUUAGAAACACAGGAUCGGCAAGCCUAGCAUUUCCAACAAGCCAUUCCGAGGCUGUGUUUGGGCAUGUUCUGUAUAAAUAUUACAAAGUGGUUAUAUCAGGGAAUUGGGUAAAUCUGUAUUGUACGGAUUAGCGCCAAAAAAAAUCGUACAAAUAUUAAAUAACUUUCAUUAUAUGCUAUCUUACGUCCUCUUUUCAGAACCGCCUGCGGAGAUAAAAAAUUCCAAUUACUUUUGGAGAUAUCGAAUUUUUUAAUAUUCAUUUUUUGGCGAUUUUUUUAAAAAAAAAAUUUUAAAAAUCCGAAAAUACCUUUAUUCUGUGCUUUUUAACUUCCUCUUUUCAUUAAACCCGGCGGAGAUCAGAAAAUCCAAAUACUUUAGGAGAUAUGGAAUUUUUUAAUUUUCAUGAUGUGCACUGAUGCGGCGUUGCGAUGGAAGCCUACGAUUCACACAUCCUUCUGGACAUACCCGAAUACUCACGUUGGCAAGCCUUCUUUUCUUAAAAUUAGCAAGAAGUAAUUAAAAAUACUUUAAAACACUGUGGAUGGUUGGUUAUAUUAGGUAAGUAUAGCUACAUUAAAAAAACUGUAAAAUCAUUUUAUGGUUGCUUAGCAAAUAACUUUUUAAUAUGUAGCUAUCCAGCGCUAGGAAACCGUUUACAUGAUUUCACAGUAUUUUUAAUGUAGCUAUCCUAACCAAAUCAACCAUCCACAUUGUUUUGAAGUAUUGAUAAUGUAGCUAACAUAACCUAAUUGACCAUUAGUUUUCAUGAGUUGCAUAUUUCUUUACAAUAAACAAAAAAAAAAAAAAAAACCGAAGAUGCGCGAUCGGGCGUUUGCCUCUCGUCUGUUGAAAGAAGGCUUGCCAACGUUGUUAGUGCUUCAGUUUCCUCAACCUUUGCAGCUCAUCUUGUCUCCCGUAGCUGUGGAUAGUUUAAACUCUUUUACUUUCAAACAUUUCAAGCUCUAUGAACAAGCGAAAUCCUUCGGAUUUAACAAUGAGUGUUUCUCCUCUUCUUGAAAGUGUGGUGUCGAAUGACUAUUCUGACAUAAAAGUUGAUAUCUCUACUGAUCCAAACAUACUCGCAUCAGGCGUGAGAGCAAAAUCGCAAGCUGAAAUAAAAUCGGAGGUAAUUGAAGAUUUACAGGAGUGUGGAAAGUUGUCAUCGAGCAUCCCUUUUGAUGUCAAGAUAAACAAAGUGGACGAUAUAGAUAUUGAUGAGCCCAACUACGACCAGCCGCAGUCAGAUUUUAGUAAUUUAAUUGAAAAUUCAGCUCCAAAUGCUAAUGAAAACCAGAUUGGUGAGGAUUCUGAGAAGUCCAAAGGUGAAGAAAUAAAUUUGAUGACUGGUUCGGGUAAUUCCAGUGUUUUCCUUCCGUGUAAAUUAUGCAAUACAAAAUUCAAAACAAAAUCGUUACUGCAGAGUCACAUGAAAAAAAGUCAUAAGAAUGCAAAGACUACCAACAACAUAUGUAAAGUGUGCAAUAAAGAAUACGAAAACCCAUCUCAGUUGAAUGUUCACAUGAGGUAUCACGACAGACCGACAGAUUUCACUUGCGACAUGUGCGGUUAUGCAGCAGUUCACCGGACCGCCUUGACGGUUCACCAGGCGACGCAUUCCCGAGAACAUAGGUUCAAGUGUGAUGUUUGCGGCCAAGGUUUCUAUUUCAAGUGCCAACUGAAGAUGCACAUGCCGGUGCACACGGGCGAGCGUCCGUACGUGUGCAAGCUGUGCUCCAAGUCGUGGAAAACGUCCGCCAGCCUGAAGAUACACACGUCCGCCCAACACCCGGAGCCGGGCGGGGACAAGCCUUCGUGGGAGUGCGAGACGUGCGGCAAGACGUUCGAGUUGAAGCUGCUGCUGAGCAAGCAUAGGCAGAGCAAGCACCGCGCGGCCGAGCCCAGGAACCUGUGCGACCUGUGCGGCAAGGCGUUCACCACCGCCGGCAGCCUGAAGGUCCACAAGAAGAGCCACGCGGGGGAGAAGACGGUGCGGUGCGACACCUGCGGGAAGGCGUUCCUGGACCGCAAGUACCUGAGGCAGCACGCCAGGACGCACUCGGGCGAGAAGCCCUACACGUGCGACCACUGCGGCAAGUCAUUCCGCCAGCUGAGCUCCAUCGUGAUCCACAUGCGCUUCCACACCGGCGAUCGACCGCACCGGUGCGCCAUCUGCGGCCGUGGCUUCGUCACCAAGAAUCUGUUGCUCCUGCACCAGAAAAACAUUCACUCUGUUGAAACUAUUCUGUAGUUAAGCAUAGCUAAUUAGAAUUAAGUACAGAAUGAUGGUGGGAUGAUCAGCCUUGUAGCUGGAUUAUACACCAACCUUCGCCACGAGUAGAUAACCAUGGUGAGUGUGGGGAGAAAUCAAGGGUUAGAAUUAAAUAAUUUUUUUUUUUACUGUUUAAGUUUAAACCAGUUUUUUUUUAUCACAUUAGUUAUUUUGGUUCUCAGCAUGUUCAAAUGAAAGCCAUAAAAACAUUCCGCUUUCUGCCACUCAUGUUGAACCAGAAAAGUUAUAACAUCAAAGAACUGAAGUCCAUAAAUAUGAACAUCUGACUGGGACCUAACCACAGAAAGGAUAUUUCCCCAUGGGAAGAAUUCUCCAUAGAAUGGGUGUUUCUUACAGAAUGGGGAUUUUACAGUACAGUCAGGGAUUUACUACAAAAUAGGAAUUUACUAAGUAUUUAUUUAUUUUUAUUUUUUAAUUUUUGGAGUAGUAUUUAGUUGGGUAUGAUUUACAACUUAUUCAGAUACUUUAAAUGAUGAUAUCUUGAUUAGUUUAUAACUUUUUGGUUCCUGUAAAUCACAAUAAACAUUAAUGAGCAAA